CCUGGAAGUGUCAGGGGGGACACUGUCUGUCUCCGAGUGACCGAGUGACGCUCAGGUUUUGCGACUCAUGGAUCUCAUCCGCGCCUGUGUGCUGUGCGCCGCGCUCUGCGGUCUCGCCGCCGCCUUCACGCACCGGGACGUGAAGGACGCGCUGCUGACCACGCUGGGCCUGGACGAGGUCCCCAGCAUUCACAAGAGGGACCUGGACAACCUGGUCGUCCCGGCGCACGUUCGCAACAAGUACUCGGCCAUGCUGAAGACGCACCGCAGCAGGAGGCGCCGAUCGCUGCCCAGCCUCGCGGGGAUCCUGCGGGGGAUCCCCGGAAACGCAGACAUUUCUGGGGAGUAUCUGUACUCUGACACCGCUCGGCAGCGGAUGGUGUUCGACAUGGAGGCGAGGAUCCCCGAAAACAGCGAGGUGACCAUGGCGGAGCUGAAGCUCUACCAGAGGUCGUCCUUCCACAAGCGCUUCACGGUGGAGAGGAAGAGCCACCGGCCCAUCAGCAACGCCCGCGUCAGCAUCUACUGGGUGGAGGUGCUGCCGAGCGGAGCCAACCGCACGUCGCUGGUGGAUUCACGGUUGAUCCCCAUUCACGAGACCGGCUGGAAGAGCUUUGAUGUGACCCAGGCGGUGCAUUAUUGGUCCAAGACGGAGCAGAAGACACCUAUGCACCUGGAGGUGUGGAUAGAGGGCGAGAGACCCGGCAGCUACGCGGCAGAGAUCGCCAGGAGUGUGCGCUUUACCACCCAGGAGCAGACGGACAACACCUUGGGGAAGCCCGAGCUCAUCCUCUACACACUUAACCUCGAAGAAUACGGCUCCCGCGGCGACUGCGACGCCAGCCAAAGCAGAGACGGCUGCUGCCGCGAGCAGCACUUCAUCAACUUCCGCGCGCUCACGUGGACGCAGUACUGGAUCAUCGAGCCCGCGGGGUACCAGGCGUUCAGCUGCACCGGCGGCUGCAGGCAGCCCAAGCGCAACUACGGCUACGGGGAGCGCAAGUGCGCGGUGUCCGAGAGCUCCCCGCUGCCCAUCAUGUACCUGGUGAAGAAGGGCGACUACACGGAGAUCGAGGUGGCCGAAUUCCCCAACAUGAUAGUGGAGAAGUGCGAGUGCACCGUGGACAACAUCUCCAUAGUGUGAGAGCAGAUCCAGUAACCACGGGUUUUAGGGGGAGUGAGGUACUAUGGUGUCUCUGGGUUGUUGAUGUAUUUAAGGGUUUUUUUUUUUUAUUCUCAACACGUUUAGUACUUGGGAGUUUCACACGCAACAGGCACAGUCUUUGCUGCGUCACCUCCCUUCACGAGCACUUUCACAUCCUGUAUUUUGUAAAAAAAAAUUGUAUAUCUUUUUUUAAAAAAAAAUCAUAUUGGAAUGAGUUGUGCUACGUCUGCAGCAUCCAAUCGGAUGCUGCCUGAUGGGCUGUAUCUUCACACUGUACAUAGAAUGAGUUUAUGCUUUGGAAAAUAAACUAUUUAGUUUCACAUACAAAUGCCCGCUCCUUGUCCUCCCUGCUGUCAAGCAUGUCUGUCGG